AUGGGACAUCGUUCUCAAACACCACCACCAACACCAUCAUCACCGGAAUUUCACGGUGCUCGCCACCGCCUUGGAGGCGUUUGUAGAAGAUGCAAAUCAUUCGUCUCAAGAUGUUAUCCAGAGAGAAGUCCAUCUCCCCGGAAAAUGGAAGGAAAACAUAAGCCUAAUAGCAUAGAUCAAGAACACAAGGCUCAUGAUCAUCACAACAAUUUCAGCCAGGUAACAAUGAAUGGGAAGCAAGAGUUAAGAUACAGUAAUGGUGAUCAGGUAUCUCCAAGAGGGAUGCCAAAGCAUCAAAGUUAUGAUAAAGCUUACUUCACUCAAUCGCCUCUAUCAAGUCCUCCUACAUCAAGAAACCCGAGUCCACUUCCAAAUUCAAGAAGUAUAAGUCCUUCUCCUUUAUCAAGAAGUUCAAGCAAGAGGAGCCAAACUCCGAUUCGCUCUGCUGCAGCAAGCCUCCUGAAAAGCAUGAGCAGGAGGAAAAGUGUCGAGGCAACCACCCCGACUAGCUCGCUUUCUAGGAAUGCAAGCCGGAGGAGCUCAACCACGAUUAUUUACUCAAACUCGCAUAAGCUAAUAUUGAAGCCCCCGCCAAUGAUAAAAACCCUUGAAUGCACCCUUGAGGAGUUGUGUUUUGGAUGCAUCAAGAAGAUGAAGAUCACAAGAGCUGCUGUAACAGAAGACGGACAAAUAAUAGAAGAAGAUGAAGUGCUAACAAUCAAAGUAAAGCCAGGGUGGAGAAAAGGAACAAAGAUCACAUUCGAAGGCAUGGGGAAUGAGGCACCUGGUGCAGACGCCGCAGAUGUUGUGUUCACUAUUGUAGAGAAGCAACACCGUUUGUACAAGAGACGAGGAGAUGACUUGGAGUUAGUAGUAGAAAUCCCUUUGGUAAAUGCUUUGACUGGCAGCACUCUUCCAAUCCCUUUGUUAGGUGGGGAGAAGAUGAUUCUAACAAUUGAUGAUAUCGUGUACCCUGGGUUCCAGAAGAUCAUAGCUGGACAAGGCAUGCCAAAGCAACACGAAGAAAAGCGAGGAAAUUUGAUAAUAACAUUGCUAGUCAAAUUUCCAACAGAACUCACAGAGGAACAGAAAUCAGAUAUUGUAAUGAUUUUACAAGAUUCGUGUUGA